CUUCUGUCACUAUUUCGACAAUGUCAUCUUCGUCGCCCCCACCAUUCGCAUCCAUCUCGCCCGAGGAUUACGACGAUGACAAUGACAAUGACAAUGACAUGCUCGUGUACUUGCAAGAGGAAAUUUACCUCCUUGGUCCGGACAUGGGAAUCCAAUUUGACUGUCCCGAUAACGAACUAACCUUGUACUUUGACGACGAUCUCCCGAUCAAUGGGACCCUUCAAGAGUGGGGAGAGACGUUCGAAUCCGGGGUUAUCAUCAUUCCAAAUGACUGGGUCUCAUAUUGCGGAGACAUCUCGGACUGGACAUUGCUAGGAUACAGUGAUCCCGAUGUGGUUUUUGUUGACCACGACGAGGAGGAGAGGUAUUAUGAGGCAAUCAACGACCCAGACAUGCAGUAUGUUGUGGUUGUAUUGCAUGACCUGCUGAAUGUCAACUGGCUGAAUCGCACCAUCACCUAUGAGGCAUAUGCAGACGACUUUCGUGCCGUGGUGGGUUCCUUGGAUACCGCCCCUGAGGAAUAUGAUUACUUUACUCCCGGACCUAUUGGAAAUGCCAGUGAGCGAAAUAUCGACUUCUACCAGCCGAGGAAUGUACGCCGCGAUCUGCCAAUUGCCCACCAAGUUUCGAAGCGUGGAAUUGCAGACAUUUUCAGCGUAGUCAAAAUAAUUCCUAGCUUGGCCAAACCAACAGUCCAAACCAUUCAGAACACCAUCACCCUAGUGAACCAAGGCAUGAAGAUCAUGUAUAUCAACGAUAUGCAACAGAGAACCCUAGACGACGCCUUCAACACGCCGGAUGUGACUGUUGACUUGGACCUGUCCAAACUGCCUCAGGUGCCGGGCUGGGAGGGCUUCACAUACAAAUUGUAUCAAUUUUACCAGAACGGAAAAUACUGGGUAGAACUGUGGCGGACUCCAGACCCACGAGUGACUAUCACGAGUUCAUCCCCACCCUUUACGACAACUAAUCCUCCCACAACCACAAUCACGACAACUCCGGGCAGUACUUCUUCUCCCUCUGGUCCUCAGGCAACAUGUGCAUUCCGUCGCGAUAAAGAGCCCCGGGACAGAGACUCCGGGACCUGGUGGAAGCAACUUUUCAAGAUCGACGCCGAGAAAUUGAUCACCACGGGCGAUAUCCCCUUCCCGCUCAAACUGCUGGACAUCGAUGGCCUGAAGCGUGCAGAAGCCAAAGCCGAAGAGGCAUUGUCUAGCGCCAGCCAGGUCUUGAAACGCUUCACCAUUCUCAGUAGCUCGACUACAACUUCGACAGAAGUAUCUCGCACCUCAGAGGCGACAUUGCUUGAACGUGCGGUUGUUGACAAUUUGAAACCAACACCAAGCCCAGCCACGGCAGUGGCUGCUCCGAUUGGUUUCAUCACAGCGGCGCCGCAGAAAAGGGAUGCCGAACCGAUCUGGACAGACGAGAAUGACGGUCUCCCUGGUCUGGGCGCAUUGGACGUGGCCGCUCCAGACUUGGAGAAGCGUCAGGAAAGUAGCGACGCUGGAUUUCUCGACGGAUGUGAUAUUGACCUCCUUGAUUGGGACCUAGAAUUCCGAUUCGGUGAGAAUGCCGCUACCGUCUUUCCACCCACACUCUCCUUCCACAACUAUAGCCUCAAGAACCGAGCAUCAAUACGAAUGCAAUGUCGAGAUCCAUUCCAGAGAGUCAAGGAGACCGCAUAUGUGAGAAUUGCGGCGGUUCCAUUAGGCGGCUGCUCCACCGCGCUCAGGGAGCUCGAAAUCGAUCUCUUCUUUGUCGUACACUUGUCCUCAGUCUUCUCCUCAGGCUCCAACGGGUCAGUGACCAUCGACUACUCCUACAGCUGGAAUCCAAUCAGCUUUGACUUUGAAUUGCUGGGAGGAGGAGAGAAUGGCACAAUCGAUCUGGAUGCAGCUAAACUGGGCAUUGGGCCACCUUCGACCAGCGGCCUGACCUUUGACUACGUCCGGGCCACAAUGGAUUUCCCAGACCUUGAGCUUGGCUUUGCCCUCUCACCAGGACUUCAGGUAGACGUCACGACCCCAUUGUUCAACUAUACUCGUGGCUUCAUGAUGGGCCCAGCCGUCAACAUCGUGUCCAACGGGACAUUUAGUUUCGGUUCAGGAAGCCGUACUUCUAGCUCGGACCUUGCCACUACCACCACGAGAGACAGUUUUCUUCCUGAAUGGGUCGACAACUUCACCGACUGGGUUGGCGCAACCUUCCAGGGCUCAAGGGUUGAUGUGCUGACGGGUUUGAGUUGGGGCGUCUUGUGGACCGACUAUACCUACCAAAAGUUGACGGGUCCCCUGAGCAGCGUAUUCAAGAUCCCGGCUUCGCGGACCAGGAUGGGCUGGCUCUUUGGCCCUUAUAAAUUCUGGAGCCGAGACCCGGAAGGAUCGUGAGGGAGCCAUCCAGGUGACUAGGAAAUAUUGCCCCCAAGAUUUGUCUUCAGACCCGGAUUGACAUCCAUUCACCACUAUUUUCUCUCAAGGGCCAGUAUUCUUGCCCCCGAAGUGGUGGUUUUGAGGAUACCUACAGCGUCAGACCGCAGCAGCGCCACCCGACCAUCAUAGAGAAGUUGGUCGAUCUUUGUGCUGAAUCCAGCCGCUUCCCAAACGGUGUCGGGGAUGGUUGCCACUACGACGCCGCCGACCUUGACGACUCUGAUAAACUCAUCAAGCACAGCGGGUCCAACAUGGCCUUGGGUCAGGGUGCCGACACAGAUGACGACAUCAUAAGACUCGUCGGGCUUUGGAAUCGUUUUUGUGAGGUCAACCUCUUGAAGGGAGGCAUAAUGAUGAGACUUCUCUGCUUGGGCCAGCAUGCCUGGACUGAGAUCAAUGCCGUCGAUUUGGCGAGCUCCCUUUUGCGCAAGCACUGCGCCAACUCGGCCGGUUCCGCAGCCAGCAUCUAGCACCUUGACAGACUCAUCUAGAGUCUCCCGCUGAAUAACUUUCAGCAAAACUUGGACGGCGCGCUCGGGGAAGGCAUAACCCUCAAGAUCCAGAUAUGUAUCGUAGGACUCGGCCCACUCGUUGUAGAGAGUCUGGGCUGCUGAGACACUGUUGAGAGCAUAUGCUCGCGACAGAAAGUCGGACGUAUCCUUGGAAUGGGUAUCCAUUUGAUGAGAGAAUGUGGCAGGUAGUGGGAAACCUCGUACAGAUCCUAAUUUGCUAGAGAGAGAAGAAUUCUAACUUGGCUAGAGCUUUAGCACAAGAACACUAGCUGCUAGGUC